AUGGCAGAGGAAGACGUUGCCGCCCUUGUUAUCGACAAUGGAUCUGGUAUGUGCAAAGCUGGAUUCGCUGGUGAUGAUGCACCAAGAGCCGUGUUCCCUUCCAUCGUUGGAAGACCCAGACAUCAAGGAGUGAUGGUGGGAAUGGGUCAGAAAGACAGCUAUGUUGGAGAUGAGGCUCAGUCGAAACGUGGUAUCUUGACUCUGAAGUAUCCUAUUGAGCAUGGUAUUGUGACGAACUGGGAUGAUAUGGAGAAGAUCUGGCAUCAUACAUUCUACAAUGAAUUGAGAGUUGCUCCUGAAGAACAUCCAGUCUUGUUGACAGAAGCACCAAUGAAUCCGAAAGCGAACCGUGAGAAGAUGACUCAGAUUAUGUUUGAAACUUUCAAUGCUCCAGCUAUGUAUGUGGCGAUUCAAGCUGUUUUGUCAUUGUAUGCAUCUGGUCGUACAACUGGUAUUGUAUUGGACUCAGGUGAUGGUGUUACACACACCGUGCCUAUUUAUGAGGGUUAUGCACUUCCUCAUGCCAUCCUUCGUCUGGAUCUUGCCGGUAGAGAUCUAACCGACUAUUUGAUGAAGAUCUUGACUGAACGAGGCUACAGCUUCACUACAACUGCUGAACGUGAAAUAGUUCGUGAUAUCAAGGAGAAGCUGUGUUAUGUUGCUUUGGAUUUCGAACAGGAGAUGGCGACAGCAGCGUCUAGUUCUACAUUGGAGAAGAGCUAUGAGCUUCCUGAUGGUCAAGUUAUUACUAUUGGUAAUGAACGAUUCAGGUGUCCAGAAGCUCUGUUCCAACCUAGUUUCUUGGGUAUGGAAGCUUCUGGCAUUCAUGAGACCACAUACAACUCCAUCAUGAAAUGCGAUGUGGACAUCCGUAAAGAUUUGUAUUCCAACACCGUGUUGUCUGGUGGUAGUACAAUGUACCCUGGUAUUGCUGAUCGUAUGCAGAAGGAGAUUGGUUCUCUUGCACCUAGCACAAUGAAGAUCAAGAUUGUUGCACCACCUGAGAGGAAGUACUCAGUUUGGAUUGGUGGUUCUAUUUUGGCUUCCUUGUCAACAUUCCAACAGAUGUGGAUUUCCAAACAAGAGUAUGAUGAAUCUGGUCCAAGUAUAGUUCACCGUAAAUGCUUCUAA